UUGAUUCCUGCAUCAGUUUCAGGAAAGUAUGUAGCCACCUUUAUUUUCAGUGAUCAAGAUGUUUUCCUAAUGAUGCGUCCGCAUUUUCACUUGGCCUUUCCCAGAUCAAACGUCGUGCCUUUGGGGGAGGGGGAUGGCCCAGCUAGAGUGUGGUUUGUGGUUCCACACAGUGUGGAGUUAAUUGACUUAUCUGUGGACACAAUUCACACCCUCAGUACUCACUUGCCAUAGCAACUAACCAAUCCUGCUAAAGGGCUAUUAAGCUAUAACUCACCGUCUCAGCACUCAAGAGCUUAGCUUGGUGUCAUUUGCAUUGAGUACAAGCUGGUGAAUACCUCUAACCAGUGGCUGCUAGGAAUAUAAAAACUACCUCAUCUGUCCAGCUUUCAAAUGAUUGCCACAUCUGCAUUAAAGCUAAUGGUUUGCUGAUAAUUUUCCUUUGACUACACAGAUCCUGUACCUCAUUCUCAGAUGACUUUCUAUGAAAGAAAUAAAAUUCUAGGGUCCUUUUAAUUUUAUUUCAAGCACAGUGCUGAAAUUAUGUGGACAUUACUCACGAAAAAUUUUCUGUUAUGGUAAUACAUGUGCAUUAUAGAAAAUUUGGAAAAUAUGUAAAAGUAUAAGAAAAAAUUAAAACUAAUUAUAUUCUCCAAAUCCAAAGGUAACCACCAUUCAUUAUAAAAGUAAAAGUAAUCAUUUAUUUCGAAGAUAAAUCCAGACAAUCUGGAAGAACGUAAAGUACAAAAUGAAAGUUCUUCUUGCCCAAAGUGUCAUUUCCUAUCCUUUCAUCAUUUUUCUUGGGUAUACACAGUGUGAAAGGUAGGUAAAUUCAUAUCCUGAGAAAAAGAUAAAGCUUUCAUUUAUUCAGGAUGGUGUGCAGGUCUUUGUUUUGGAGUGAAAUUAAACACACUUCCAUUUGUGGGAGAACAACUGUUACUUUGUUACUAAUAAGUGUAUUAUUGCUAUCAAGCCUUGGGUUUGGCAGUUAGACACUUACCAUCUAUGAGUCCGUGGCCAAGUUAAUCUCUUUUCUAGACCCUUUUUCAUAUGCAAAAAGGGAGUAACAAGGGUUUUAUAACAUUAGUUCAUGAUAUAAUAUAUGCACAGUGCCUAGAAUAUCAAAGGUGUUAAAAAAUUCUUAGCUGUGACUAAUAUUUUUUUAUUAGUUCUUAACCCACUCCAAAUCUUAAUUAAACACACUUUAGAAAUUGAACAAACCUGGAGACAGUCAAAGAUGACAAAGUAGAGGCAUAGAUGGAAAGGCUAAGGAAGGAUGAAAGCCAGAGAGGAGAAGCUGCUGCUUUUCUGGUCAGACCGGAAAACAACUGGCAUUUUCCCAUGGACAAUGUUCUCAAACUUGGUUGCACACCAGAAUUACUUAGGGACCUUUUAAAAAUUCUGAAGCCCAGGCCACAUCCCAGAUGGAUUAAAGCAUAAUCUCUUGAGAUGGGACACAGGCAUCAGUAGUUUUUGAAGGUCCCCAAGUGAUCUCAAUGUGAAGACGAAUUUGCAAAGCAUUGCCCUAGGACCUGCCAGUCUAUCAAUUAGCACGUUUUUGAAGCAAAGUGUUAUUCUGGUGUUCACAGAACCAGCAGCCAGCCUUAUUGGGCCAAACUGAACUUUAAAAAAUUCUGUGAUGUUAUUUCCCAACCUUAAAAUAUUAUAUAGAAUAGCUCUAGGAGAGCAUUGUAAGGAAGACAUAAGAUAUUUCAGUCAUCUGAAGAAAAAAUCUUCCUCAACGACUGGCACCUGGGCAACUAUUUCUUUAAAAAUCUAGAGCUAGGCAAUGGAUUUCUAGCCUAGAAAUCCAUUCUUUUGGGAAUGGAUUUCUUUUGGGAAUGAAAAUUUUUUCUAUAACUAUACUAUGGUGAUGGUUGCAUCAUUUUAGUAUAUGUGAAUAUACUAAAAACCAUUGAAUUGUACAUUUUAAAGGGAUGAAUCAUAUGGUGUAAUGGAUGAAUUAUAUAUAAUAAUAUAUACUUUUAUAUAUAUAUAUAUAUAAAAGUAUAUAUUAUUUAUAUAGCUCAAUAAAGGUGUUUUAAAAAUCUAGAGAGGGGAGAAUCACAUACCUGGCAUAAAAAGGUCAAGUCUAGGAUGUGUAGGAUUUAGGCUUUAUGAUCUUCCAGUUCUAGUAAUAUAGAUUGUAUGCCUGUUUGUUUUGCUGUGAACUUGCAAAGAAAAGGGAUUGAGACCUAUAAGAGGUCUAGUUCUUUGAUAUUAAAGGCAUCAGUAAAGGACGAGUUUAUGGUUACAGGGAUGACAAACUGGUAGAAGAAUGAUUUAAGAUGUUAUAGAAAGAGGGGCUUCCCUGGUGGCGCAGUGGUUAAGAAUCCGCCUGCCAAUGCAGGGGACAUGAGUUCAAGCACUGGUCCAGGAAGAUCCCACAUGCCGUGGAGCAACUAAGCCCGUGCGCCACAACUACUGAGCCUGCGCUCUAGAGCCCACGUGCCACAACUGCCGAAGCUGGUGUGCCUAGAGCCUGUGCUCUGCAACAAGAGAAGCUACUGCAAUGAGAAGGCCUCACACCGCAAUGAAGAGUAGCCUCCGCUCGCCGCAACUAGAGAAAGCCCGUGCGCAGCAACAAAGACCCAGUGCAGCCAAAAAUAAAAUAAAUACAUUUAAAAAAAGAAAGAUGUUAAAAAAAAAAAAGAAAGAUGUUAUAGAAAGAGGCUUUAUUUCUUUCUAGAGAGAGAGGUGGCAGUGGGGAGAUCCUAGUAUUGCAGUUACUAGUUGAGCUUUACACAAGUCUCCUAACCUUUCUGAUCUUCAGUGUUUUCAUCUAUAAAAUCUUCCAAAAUUGUGUAAGAGUGAAAAGUAAUGCAUAUAAAGUGUAUACUCAAUAUAAAGUACUCAUAUAAAGUACAAGUAUUCAGUAGAUAUUUGUUGAACUAAUAAUUAGUGAUAUUAUCAUUUCACCAUUUAUUGAACAUCCCUAUGUACCAGACACUUUAAAAGAUAAAAAGACACAGUCCCUGCCGCUAUGGUACGCAGGGUACUGUAGGAGACAGACAUGCACACACACCCACAAAAACGAUAAUGGAGAUCUGUAUAAUACAAGAAGCAAUGGGAGCAAAGGAAAAGAAACACCUAAGCCUGGGGAAAUCAGGGAGACUUCAUAGAGGUGAUGAUGCUUGAUCUGAGAACAAAAGGUUGAGUAGUAGUUUGUCAAAUAAUAAAGGGGAAAAGGGGGUAGAGAGGGACCCUUGCAGGAGAUUCCAUGCAGAAGGAUUAUGAUUUUUCAUUAUUGAUGAACCUUAAAGUGUGUUUGUAAAACAAUCUUUGCAGGAGAUAAAGUGAAGCAAUUAGGCAUGAGUUAAAUCUUGAGUUACCUUUAUGCCAUGCCAAGGAGUUUUUAUUUUAUUCUAUAUCCAUGAUAGUCAUUGCAGAAUUUUGAAGAGACAUAAAUGUGAUGUCAUCAGGGUUUUCUGUUUGUUUUGGAGAGAUUAUUCUGGCAGCCACAAAUGAAAUGGAUCGGGGAUAUUGGGACUGUAGACAAAAAAAAAAAAAUUAGAAGGCUAUUAUAGUAUUUGAGAAGAUUGAUAAAUGCUUGAACCAGCACAGUGACAGUAGAGAUGGAGGUAACUGUAGUGAAAUUAUCAGCACUCAUUCAUUGUCAUGAUAAAGGGAAUGAGGGAGAGGAAUGAGUCAAGGAUGACCCUCCUUACUCCUCUCCAUUGUGACUGACCCAGCUUGGGUGGCUAAUGGUGUCAUUCCACUGAGAUAGUGAAUCCUGGCAUAACCACCUGAUGGGUCAGAUUGAUUGACAUCUCCGUCAUUCCCAUGGGAGGAAGUUUAGGUGUUUGGGAGUAAAAGAACACAGAAAGCAGAUACCUCCCUUUGAGAGCAGAGUGUUGGUUGCUGGCCUCACCAUCAAAAGGAUAUUCUUGAGGAUCAGGGGCUUGGGAAAACACCUGGGGAGGAUAACCUCAGGUUUUGCCACUGGUUUUGGUAGCCUAGGUGAGGAUUCAGAUGAAUUUAAAAAAUCUCAUGUCCAAAUCAGGCUGGAUUUUUCUCUUUGUGCUCUGGUGUGUUUGCGACUUGAACUACAGUUUGCAGGUAACUACAGUGUGAAUUGAACGAUGUUUCUGCAUUUGUGCAAGGUGGUACCAGGGAGGGUCUGGAUCAGGGUAGGGGUGGGGUGAGAUCAAGUCUCCCUUGCCAAAAGGCCCCCUAGGGCUAAGUGAAAAACUUGCUCUUUUGAAACAGUCACUGUUGGUAAUUAACAACAUAUCAAGCAUACAGUGGUGUCAAAUAAAGGAGAUUUGUAGGCACUGUGCUUUUGGUAGCAGAUCUCAAUCAUUCACGGAAGCUGUUAAAUCUGUGAACAUUAGCAUUCUGCCAGGAAGUGAGAUGUAGUCCUUAGCGUCUCCCAGACAAACUGAUUCUUUACUGAUUUGGAACAUCUCUCUCUCCCGGUUUCCUCCCCCCGCCUUCACCUCCUUCCAUACUGUCCUUGAAAUCGAUGAAUGGCAAUUUAGUAUACCACCAGUGGGUAUCUGAAUAAGAGAGGUUUGGUUUCUGCUGCGCCUUCUGUUACAACAAAAAUGUGUACUGCAUACAUUUAAUAGGCUACCUUAAUGUGUAAGCCUUUUCUGCAAAGAGGUGGCUAUAUUUCUGAAUAAUCUGCAGAGGGGCAGAGUUUUUAGUAUAAGGCAGUGCUUCUAAGUAGCUGUUGCUCUAAUACAAUCAGACUGAGGCAGAAGCUACUCAUUUAGAAUAUUGGUGGAUGACAACAUUGGCUUGAACAAAGUGACCAGUCUCAAAUGGCUACUCACUCUCUGGGCUGCAGGUUGCUAGGGCUCAGGCUGUCGCUGUUUUCCCCCACCGAAAAGGGGCGGGGUGGUGUGGGCUGGGAAUUGGUGUGUUAGAAAAAAAAAACCCGUGUAUGUUGUCUGCCUCUCCAUAGAGGUAAUAACCCGUGGGGGGGGGGAAAUGCUGUUGAACAGGAGGAAGGCAAAAAGAUAGGUGGGUUGUUUUUUGUUUUUUCUUUCCUUUUUCCAAUGCUGCGACGCAUUUACCCUGCUGCUAUUGGGACGUUCUCUGCUUAGCCUAUUGGCUGAGCCCAGGAGCCUCUGUCUGCCAAUCGGGUGGAGGAAGGCAGACAAAUCUACCCCGCCACCAGCAAAAAAAACGGCGCGUAACCCUUGCGGCGCCGGCCCAGCCGCGCCAGAGCUGGCGCGGGGAAAGGGAGAUAGGUGUCUCCAGCUGCUGUGGCCGUUCGGGGCGGGUCGGCUUCUUCGGCUUCUCAGGACCAGAUAGAGAACUAGUGGGCGGCAGCAAUGCUCCGCAAGGUGAGAAGCUGGGUAGAAAUCUGCCGGGGGACUACCCUUUUGUUCCUUUUUUGCCACCUGGGUUACGUUUGUGGGCAGAUCCGAUACCCGGUCCCAGAGGAGUCACAGGAAGGGACUUUUGUAGGGAAUGUCGCCCAAGAUUUCCUGCUGGAUGCAGAGAGCUUAGCAGCUCGCAGGCUGCAGGUCGCUGGAGAGGUGAACCAAAGACACUUCCGUGUGGAUUUGGACAGCGGUGCCCUGCUCAUCAAGAAUCCAAUCGAUCGAGAGGCACUGUGUGGGCUCAGUGCCAGCUGCAUCGUGCCCCUGGAGUUUGUAACAGAAGGGCCUUUGGAAAUGUACCGAGCAGAGGUAGAAAUCGUGGAUGUGAAUGAUCACGCCCCCCGAUUUCCUCGGCAGCAGCUGGACUUGGAAAUUGGGGAGGCAGCUCCUCCAGGACAGCGUUUCCCCUUGGAAAAGGCUCAGGAUGCAGAUGUGGGGAGCAACUCCAUCAGCAGCUAUAGACUAAGCUCCAAUGAACACUUUGCACUGGAUGUCAAGAAGCGCAGCGACGGCAGCCUGGUCCCAGAGCUGCUCCUGGAGAAGCCUUUGGAUCGGGAAAAGCAAUCAGACUACCGCCUAGUGCUGACUGCUGUGGAUGGAGGGAACCCCCCGAGAUCUGGCACAGCGGAGCUCCGGGUGUCAGUGCUGGACGUGAAUGACAACGCCCCAGCCUUCCAGCAAUCCAGCUACAGGAUUAGCGUUUUGGAGAGCGCGCCAGCCGGCAUGCUACUCAUCCAGCUCAAUGCCUCUGACCCAGACCUGGGUCCCAGUGGUAACGUCACCUUUUCUUUCAGUGGUCACACCCCUGAUCGUGUGAGAAAUCUCUUUAGCCUGCACCCCACUAAUGGAAAGCUUACUCUUCAGGGGCCCCUAGACUUUGAGAGCGAGAAUUACUAUGAAUUUGAUGUUCGGGCUCGAGAUGGGGGUUCUCCAGCCAUGGAGCAACAUUGCAGCCUUCGGGUGGAUCUCCUGGAUGUAAAUGACAACGCCCCCCACAUCACAGUGACCUCAGAGCUUGGGACUCUCCCUGAGAGCGCGGAACCUGGCACCGUGGUGGCGCUCAUCAGUGUGCAGGACCCCGACUCAGGUUCAAAUGGAGAUGUGAGCCUCCGUAUUCCUGACCAUUUGCCCUUUGCCCUCAAGUCCGCCUUCAAGAACCAGUUCUCCCUGGUGACUGCUGGACCCUUGGACCGAGAGGCCAAAUCCAGCUAUGAUAUCAUGGUCACUGCUUCUGAUGCUGGGAGCCCUCCUCUGAGUACCCAUAGGACCAUUUUCCUCAAUAUUUCAGAUGUGAAUGAUAACCCACCCUCUUUCUUUCAGAGGUCACACGAAGUAUUUGUUCCAGAGAACAAUCGCCCAGGGGACCUGCUUUGCUCCCUUGCAGCCUCUGAUCCAGACUCUGGCUUGAAUGCCCUUAUCUCCUACUCUCUCCUAGAGCCCAGAAAUCGAGAUGUGUCAGCUUCCUCCUUCAUCUCUCUGAACCCCCAGACGGGAGCUGUUCAUGCUACUCGAUCCUUUGACUAUGAGCAAACACAGACACUGCAGUUUGAGGUGCAGGCCCGGGAUCGGGGCAACCCACCCCUUAGUAGCACCGUGACAGUUCGUCUAUUUGUACUGGACCUCAAUGACAAUGCGCCAGCUGUGCUCCGCCCUAGAGCCCGACCUGGUUCCUUAUGUCCACAAGCACUGCCUCCAUCAGUUGGUGCUGGACACCUAAUUACAAAGGUGACCGCUGUGGACUUGGAUUCGGGUUACAAUGCUUGGGUUUCAUAUCAGCUCCUGGAGGCCCCAGAUCCCAGCCUGUUCGCAGUCUCCCGCUAUGCUGGGGAGGUGCGGACGGCUGUUCCCAUCCCAGCUGAUCUCCCGCCGCAGAAGCUGGUCAUUGUGGUAAAGGAUAGUGGUAGCCCACCACUCUCUACCUCCGUUACUCUCCUGGUGUCCUUGGAAGAAGACACUCAUCCAGUUGUCCCUGAUCUUCGAGAAUCUUCAGCUCCAAGGGAAGGAGAAUCCCGCUUGACCCUGUACUUGGCUGUAUCUCUAGUGGCGAUUUGCUUUGUCUCCUUUGGCUCAUUCGUGGCACUAAUCUCGAAGUGCCUGCGUGGGGCUGCCUGUGGAGUGACCUGCUUUCCUGCUGGCACCUGUGCCUGUCUCACCCGAUCUCGAAGGAGAGAGGGGCUUCCUCCUUCCAAUGGGAUCCUCCGAAUCCAGCUAGGGUCAGAUGAUCCUAUCAAGUUUGUUGAUGUGGGCGGCCACUCUCAUGGCUGUACACCCUUGGCUUCUGCACCCACUCGGAGCGAUAGCUUCAUGAUGGUGAAGUCACCCAGUGCACCUAUGGCAGGGGAACCUGUUCGCCCAAGUUGCCCACCCUCUGAUCUUCUCUAUGGGCUAGAGCAAGCCCCGCCCAACACGGACUGGCGUUUCUCCCAGGCCCAGAGACCCGGCACCAGCGGAUCCCAAAAUGGCGAUGAAACCGGCACCUGGCCCAACAACCAGUUUGACACAGAGAUGCUGCAAGCCAUGAUCUUGGCCUCCGCCAGUGAAGCCGCUGAUGGGAGCUCCACCCUGGGAGGGAGUGCCGGCACCAUGGGCUUGAGUGCCCGCUACGGACCCCAGUUCACCCUGCAGCACGUGCCCGACUACCGCCAGAACGUCUACAUCCCCGGCAGCAAUGCCACUCUGACCAACGCAGCUGGCAAGCGAGAUGGCAAGGCCCCGGCAGGUGGCAACGGCAACAAGAAGAAGUCGGGCAAGAAGGAGAAGAAGUAAUGCGGAGGCCAGGCCUUGGAGCCACAGGGCAGCCUCCCUCCCCAACCAGCCCAGCCUCUCCCUACCUGUGCCCAGGCCUCGGAUUUUCAGGGCUCACCCCCAGGAUACUGGUAGGGGCCCAGGCCAUGCUCCCCUUGGGAAACAGAAACAAGUGCCCAGUCAACACCCCCCCUCUGCCCCCAGGGGAUUGAAUAUGCAAAGGGAGUUCUGCUGGGAACCCCCAUCCAAUCAAUUGCUGUGCCCAUGGGGGUAGUGGGUUAGUGUAGACACCAUUUAUCACACCCCUUUCAGUUACAGCUGAACUCCUCCAUCUUCCAAAUUCAAUCGGGCCCAUCCAUCCCCUGCCUCCCUCCUACCCGACCCACCCCACCCUCCUCCUCAACAGCUCCUCUUUCUUAAGUUGUUUGGGGGUGUUGAGGUACCUGGUGACCUAAAAAGGCUCAUAGUUCUGAAGAGUUGGAAGGGCAUCAUGACCUCUUGGCCUCUCCUUCAAUUCUCAGACUUCCCCCAAAGCAUGGUUUGGUGCCAAUCCCUUCACCUCCUUCCAGGACCUGAGACCAAGCUCAAGUUUUGGGAGAUAUGGUCACCAUUCCCAUGGUACUGAUGCUUGCUGGAUUUAGGGAGGGCAUUUUGCUACCAUGCCUCUUCCCAACACCCUGGGGACCAGUCUUUUGGUUUUCAUUGUUUGAUGUUCCCACUGCAUGCUGUGACUUCCCCCUCCCCAAACAAGAGACUUCACUGCAUGUUCUAAGACAGUAUGGGGUGGUAAGAUAAAGAAGGGAAGGGUGUGUGUGUGUGUCUGUGUGUGUGUGUGUAUGGGGGGACGGACAAAGCUUGAUCCAUCAGUUAACAGGGUCUUGCUGGAGGCUCUGUAUGCCCCCAGGGUACUGACCAGAUCCCCAAAUUCCAGCCAUAAGCCAAGCACCAGGCUGGACCCUCAUCUAUCAUAUACAGGGCAGCCCAGGCAGCCAGCGGUGGGCUGAGCUACGGGCACCAAUGGAUUUAAACUGGCAUUAUGGUCCAAGGAAGCUCUGAGCAGGUUUGGGACCAGGUCCCCUGGAGAGGUCAGAGGGGCCUCUGUGGGUGCUGGGUACUCCAGAGGUGCUGCUGGUGGAAGGAUCAGUGUGGCCCCAGCAGGAAGGGAGGGCCAGCUAGACCAUUUUUGGUCCCUGGGUUGGGAAGGAAAGGAGCUAGAGCAGGGACCAAGUGGAAAGUGUCAGCCCAGGAUCAGGGCUUGCUUCUCCACAGGGCCCCUGCAUCCAGCAACCCCAGUCCUUCACCUCGACAGGUGCCAUUUCAUCUCUGUGAAGGCCACUGCCCAGGCCCCCAGUCCGAUCCCUCGUGGCCAGAGCCUGGUUAAAGUUCCCCAGUGCCUCCUUGUGCAUAGAUCUUCCUCUGUCCACCCCUUCUGCCCCCGGCGUCCCGUUCACGCAGCGGGGCUUCGCGAGAACCCCACCCGGCCCUUGCAGUGGUGUAGAGCCCCCCCCCCCUUUCGGCUGGUGUAGAAUAGCCAAUAGUGUAUAGUGCGGCGUGCUUUUCCGUAAUGGCGAGUGGGCCGCGGGCGGCGGGCUCCAUGCAGCCGUCUGUCCCCGAAUCUGCCUGCGGCGGCCCGUGCUGUGUUUUGUGCUGUGUCCACGCGCUGCGGCGACCCCCUCCCGCGUCCUGACUCCUCUAAGCGCUUCUCUUUGCAUAGUCACGUGGCUCCCCACCCCACCCCCUUCCUGUGUCUCACGCAAGUUUUAUACUCUAAUAUUUAUAUGGCUUUUUUUCUUUGAAAAAAAUUAAAAGAUUUCUUCUGAAAGGUUCACCGUUUCUAUGUAAGAGAUGGGGGCUCCUGGCGUGUGUGGAUGAAGUGAUGAGCUCACAGUUGUAUGCUGGAAGACGAGCGGGAUCGGACGCGAUUAUUGUGUUGCGUGUUGGUUUUGGGUCAGUGCCCGAGAGUCUGUGUAUAAUUGUUAAAUGCGGCAACACCGUCGUGCAUAUAUAAUGGUGUGCGUUGACCGUAAUGGUGCUUGUGGAUCUGUACCCCGUGUGUGUAAUCGGCUUGUGGGUCCGCUGUGGGGGAGGGGAUUUCUGAGCGCGACGUGGCAGCGUGCGGCGGCGGGUUCCGUUGUCUGUUCGCUGCCGUCUCCAGGCAGAAGAGGAGACCCAGGCGAGGGGGCGGCGCGGGCUGUCAAAUAGAGCUGGAGAGGGGCCGUGGACGUUUCCUGAGUUCCGUCCCUUCCCUGCUAAAAUGACCACCCCGAGCGCCCUGCCAGGGGAGGAGGGUGGACUCUCCUCUGCCAGGCCUCCUCCACACCCCUCACCUCCCUCACCCUCCCUCCCAGGGGGCUUGGAAUGCAUGUGUACGGGGGUGGGGGGGGGAGGGAGGCGGGCGGUGUCAAGGGGACAGAAAGGGCAAGACAGAUAUAAGAUUGCCCGCAGGCGCAGAUGCCCUCCCUUCCUCUCUCCCUCUCUCUGUGCUUUCCAUUCACUUCUCGCCUAGCCCGUCUCCCGCCUCCUCCAGCCUCCUGGAAGCAAGGAGGGAUUCGAGGUUGCUGCCGCCAAAGAAGCUGCAGGCAACAGAGUGGGAGGAAGGGGCGGAAGGACAUACAGACCCAUUGGGGUUUUCAGGGGGGUCGAUGAGGGCAAGGGCAUGCCCAACCGCAGGGUUGGGGGUGGCUGUCUCUGGGCGUCCUCUGUACUCUCCCAGAGCCGGUCAAACGGUCUCCCAGCUUCUGAAGUCUGUUGUCAUGGAAACCAAGCCUUCCAACUAGGUAGGCGUCUGGGGGCGGCUUUCUUGCGUGGGAGGAAGGGUGGUGUGCGUGGUUGCUGAGAUGGAAGCGGGGUUUUGUUUCUGAGAGCCAGGCUGCAGAGGGUGGGGUGCCGGUCGCCUGGGUUCUAUUCCAGGCACGGCAGGAGACUGGCAGAGCGCGUGAGCAGCUGUGGUUGGUCGGUCCCCUAAUUGGUAUGUGUGCCUAUACAGCUCUAAGCCAGAAACGCGUGGCCUCUGGGGGUGGGGAAGAAGGAGGCAGAGAACCCACCUCCGCAUCCCCAGCCAUACGAUGGAGACAGCUGCACAGGCUCCAGGGUUACUUAAGAGGCUUUUAUUUCCAGUUCCGGAGCCUGCCCAAAUGGGUUUGUGGUUCCUCUCCAAGCCUUUCCCUGUCUGUUCUGGACCUGGUUUGUAAGAUUUCUUUGUGCAGGUCACAAUGUGCUCAAACAAGUCUGGGCUCUGAGCAUCAAGUCACCUGGAGCAUAACCUCUGUCUUUUGACCUCUGCUGGGCAGGCUCAGGUUUCCACCCCAGGGUAAGCCCUAGCCUGGAAUGUGGUCUGUGGACACCAAAAGUGAGUGUGGGAGGGGAAUACGAGAGAAUGGCAGAAUGGCAGUCAUAGGUUUCCCUUAGCAAAAGAGGCACAGGUACUGCCAGGAAACUGCAUGUUAAGUCUGGGGUCAUGGGGAGGUAGGUGGGGGGGUCCCAGAACUGAAUCCAAGAAAAGGGUUCCAAGGCAAGAGGCAGCAAUGUGGAAGGGUAGGGGGCUGAACUGGGGCCCUACUCCUUUACAGAGGGCAAAUGGCGGGACAGAAGCCACUAUGUAUGAAUCAGUUCUAGCCCUGUGCCCAAUCGUAGCGUCUGGCACCUUGAAGGUGCCGGCACCCUUUUGAUGAUUUUGUCAGGUCAGUCGGGCUUGAGGCAGGACAAGAGUGGAGAAGCCUGGAUGAGAGUGGAGACAAACAGUUGAGAAAUUCACAAACGAAGCUGUAAGGCAGUACUGUUUCAAUGCUUUAUUAACAGUUGGAGACAAACCCAACAAACUGGAGGUGAUGACAUCCCAGAAGCCCAAGAGGUGAGGGGAACAGGUUUGCAUUUUGUCCCUUUUUUAUUAUUAUUAUUAAAUGCAUCUUAGCAAAAGUAGAUUAAAAAAGAAAGGGUCAAAGCCCCAGAUGUCAGCAGGGAGGAGGGACCUAGGGGAGCAGCAGGCCCCUGCACCGCGGUCCUCCCAGAAAUAGUGCAAAGGAGCUGCUGUUGCCCCUCCACACACAGGCUCCAACAACCAGAACCCUCCUUCCGGGCCUCAAGGCCUCCCUGCAGGCGCCCUUAGGUCUCCUAAGCUCCCCCGUGCUCUAAUAACUAUACUUUUGCGCCAGGUCCUACCAGUGCCAUUCUCUCUCCCAGGGGUGGGAAGCUGAAGGGAGCACAGGAGGGCAAAGUGUCGCCUUGACCGGAGAAUCUGAGCUUCCUGUGGCUGGGACCGCCAAAGAGUCUGGCCUGCCCACUGCAGAGAAGAGAGCAGGGUGGGGCACAGCCUGUGCGCACUGCUCCAGAGUGGCCAGUUAGCAUUUGCACGUUUGGCUUGAUAAAUAUAUUAAAUUUAUAAAAACUCUGUCGUUUCAGAGCUCCCACUACUCUUAGGCCUGGUCCAGCUCAACAAGAGAAGAGCUUCCCCUUGCCCCAGAGUCAGAUGCUGGGAGAGAGAGUCUGCACUGGCCUCAAGGGCCCAGAGGCUUGAGGGCUGAGGUGGAGGUCCAGGGGCUUGUUCAGAAUUGAGGCUUGUGGGGAGAAAUCCCAGGGACUCUGGAACCUGCCAUCAAAGCCUCUUAUAUUAUGGAGGGGAAAGGAGGAAGGAAGAGUUAUUUUUCUUAAAAAAAAAAAAUUCAUAUAAAAA